GUUUUGGAUGCUUGACAUGAGGAGUGAAGUCUUUGAUGAUCAGCUAAGUUGCUCGGUGAACACAAUGUUGUUGACGGAAUUGUCCACCUUCAGGCAGAUGGGCUCGACAUCCAAGGAGAAAGCAACUUCCUGAUUCGUUACUUUUCCUCCCAACUUCUCUACUUUCUUCCCACCACCGCGCACCAUGGCAGAGUCUCCCGAUGAGUCCGCUUCCGACUAUCAGUCUGGUUCGGAGGAUGAACGCCUUGAUUUCGGUCAACAUCCGGAUCCCCACGCCCCGUCGCAUUGGGCUUAUACUGAAAUCUUUUUUCAAAAGACCAAGAAGGAGCUUGCGAAGACUCGGCAUGAGAAUCACAAGCUCGAGUCUCAUGUCAAGCACCUUCAAGAGAAAAUUAAGACAGAAAAGGACAAGAUUAAGAAGACUAAGAUUGUGGAAGGGAUCUUAAAGAACCAAGGCUCUCCCAGAGUGAAUGACUUGAAGGAACGGCUGGCCGCAUCCAGAAGUGCGAAUGCCGAGGCACAGCUUUCUGCUGGAGAAGCGUGGGCUGCCGCUGAGAAUGCCAAGAUGCAAACUACGCAGCUCAGAAAGAAGUAUGAGGACGAAUUGCAAAAGGUUGCUUCAGCCAAAGAGGUGGACGAGGAAAUCUCGCAAAGGCUUGCACGCAGAGUGGAGGAGCUUCAAGUUCUGCUUCGCGAUCUCUCCGACCCCUUCAGCUGCGGCUGUGCCGACGCCCGGUCGGCGCAUCCGGUGGAGGUGUCCUACGUUUGCAGGACUCAGUCCAUCCCUGAGUGCCGAAGCAAUUGCCAAGCUGAAGAAUGGCAUCGGGCUUAAACCAUGUUGAGUCCUUCUGAGAAGAUGGAUUUCACAAAUCCAUAUAUGCAGGGCUGCACAUGAACAAAAAGGGGACUGCAUCGAAAAUCGAAGCCAUCAGGUUCCACUGGCGUUCAGUAGUGUAUGUUCAAAUGGGGUCCACUAGUGAGAUGAUGCAGUCUCGACUCAACCGGAGACUUCGAAAAUCGUGUCCUCGGAGAGUGCUUAACAUCGUCCCAAAGUUGGAUUGAGGAAUAGCACUGCGACUUUUCGCUGCACCCCAGAGUUCUCAUGGCAACAAUCAGGUUCUGGAUUUGUUUG